AUGGAAGAACCAUUGGAACAAGAACAUUCAAUAACAAAUGAUGAUUUGAAACCAUCAACAUCAUCAACAACAGCAAACAAAUCAUCUCGUUCAACAAAGCAAAUAACAACAAAUGGUACAACACGUCGCCAUAAACGACGGCGUCCAACGAAUAGUGCCCGUUCAUCAAGUGAUCAUUCAACCUCAUCAAGUCGUUCAUCGUCGACCUCGAGUCAUACAUCACAAUCAUCGAUAAAAAUUUCGAAUACAAAUGAACAAGAAAUUCAAAAGACUCGUAGUUGCUUAGCACAAGAACAAUUACAAACAAUAAUUGAGAAAACAAAAACGGGAAAAUAUGAUAUUUUGGAUAGUUUUGCAUUUUUAUCAUUUGAAACAGAUGAUGAUUGGCGUAUUGCAUUUGAACAUUUUAAUCAACAACAAUUACAACGAACAUACACAAAUAAAAAAGCUCAUUCAUUAUCUGGUAAAAAGAAUGGACAUAUUAUAGAUCAUUCAGAUUCAUAUUCAAUGCACCGAUCAACAAGUGCAUCAUGUAAAAUUGACGAUGAACAUCGAACAUCUACUAAUUCAACAUCAAAUCCACCUGACGAUGUAUCAAUAGAAAAUCAUCGAUCAUCUAUGUGGCAAAAUAUAUCACCGAAUAAAAAUUCCAAUGAUCGUUCAUUGACGACUAUUAAAAAUGAACCUAUCGACCAAGUAAAUCGUUCAGCAUCGGAACAUGGAGACAAUCAUUUCGAUAAUGAACAAAAUCAAAAUUCUUCGACAUCAUCACAAAAAUCAAAAGAUGAUAUUAAAAUAGAAUCAAACGAAAAGAAACAUCACCAUCAUCAUCAUCAUAAAUCACAUAAACGACAUAAAACGAAACACGAUCUAAGUAUUAAUGGUGAUAGUAGUAAUAAACAUCCGACAAUCACAUCCAUGUCCGACUUAGCCAAACAACAUAUUAAACACGAGCCUAUGCCUCUACCACCAUCAUUAAAUUUUCCGCCUCAUUUCGAUCCAAAACUGUAUCCUAUGCCAUCAUUUUCACCAUUUUCUCAUCAUCCUCAUGGUCCACCACCACAAUCAUUUCCUGGCUCUUACGAUCAAUCAAUGAUGUUAGCUAAUCGUUUUUAUGGGGGUCAAUAUCCACGGGAAUUGUUAAUGCCUCCACCUGCGCGACCACCAUCUAGAUCACUACAACAUCCGUUUUCAAUGAAAGACAAUCAACAGGAUACAUCAAUGGAAAAAAUGUUUGAAAAAUACUAUCCAGGUGUAUUACCAAGUUAUUUAGCCGCAGCAGCAUCAGCGGCUGCAGCUGCAUCAUCAAAUAGUAAUUCACCUGUAUCAUCAUUAAAUGCUAAAAUGCAUGGUAAUUCACCAAAUGGUCCUGAUCAUUCAUUAUGGUCGCAGCGUGAAGCAUUACAAAGGCAAUAUUUAUCUGCAUCGAAUAAACAACCAUCAACGAAAUCACCUUUAUUUGAUUCAACUACAAAAUUACCCUCAAAUCAUUCAAGUACAUCACCCAUCGAUCAUCAUCAUCAUCGUCGUCAUAGUUCAUCGGCAUCGAAUCCUGAUAUACCAAAUUCUACAACACCAUCAACACAUCCGCUUUAUUUAGCACCAGUUAUUGUUACAGAAUUUCAUCAGCAUCAACACAAUCACAAUCAUACACAUGAACAUAAAUUAAAUAUAACCACAAAAGACGAACGGCAAUCAUCACCAAGAUCUAAAACACCAUUAUCAAAUGAAACUAAAAAAAUGAAAACAGGUUUUUCAGUAACAGACAUGUUUAUUGAUAAAACUUCUCCUAACAUAAAACAUUCACCACAACAACAAGGUUUUCUCUCUGUUGUCAAUAAUAAAAAAGACAACAAUCCAUCACCAAUAGUACAAUUGAAAAAACCAUCCAAUGGAAAAUGGUCAACAGCACAUAUUCAUAUAGCAUGGAUGAUAUUUAAUAAUGAACAAAGACAACGUGAUAAAUUGAAUCUUCUUAAUCAAACAAAUAAAACUCGAACAUCAUCGACAUUACCAUCUUCUCAAUCGACAUUAUUACCACCACCUGUACCGUUAAAUGACAACAAUAAUGAUUUAUCACUAUUACGUCCACCAUUACCACCACCGGUACCAUCACCGUUUGCAUUUCCAUUUCCAUUCGAUAUGAAUUCUCAACAAAAUCCUCUAUUACGAUCGCCGUCAACUGCAAAAUUAUCACGACCAACAGUAACAUCUUCAUCGUCGUCAUCGUCACCUUCAAUUAAAGCACCAACAAUGAAACGUGAACAAAAAAUGCCAUUUAUGGAUGAACGUAUGCGACGAACAUCACCGUCACCUUUAUCACGGCCAACAUCAGGAUCUAACUUUCUUCCAUCAUCACCAUCACAUCGAAUGAAGAUGGAUUUUCCAUCGUUAUUAUUACCACCACCAGGACAACAGCAACAACAACAACAACAACAACAACAGCAGCAGCAGCAGCAGCAUCAAUUACCAACGUUUCCUUCGAAUGAUGAUCGUAAACGUUUUCUAAACUUCAAUGUAGAUCUUUUACAAUCAUUUGGUCCACCACCACCUCCAUCUCCAUUUUUGUCAUCAUUUUUUCCAAUGGGUGGACCCCCAAUGCCACCACCUAUGCCUUCUUCAUCAUCUCGUCGUAGUGGUAUAAACAGUGAUUCACAAAAAUCAUCAUUAUUUCCGCCGCCAACAUCAUCGACACCAUUCGAUUUUACUCGAUCGCCUCUAUUACCACCUGGAUUCCCUAUGCCAAAUAAUCAUCUUGAAUCGGAUCGCUAUCGUUUUCUACUUGAACAACAUGCACGUGACCGAGAUAUGCAAUAUGCAAUGAUGGCUGCUGCAGCAGCGGCAGGAAAUGGACAACAUGCUCCACCGCCACUCUUUACCGAUCCAAAUGCAGCGGCGCUAUUUAAACAUUAUUCAAAUUGA